AAUGUCUUUAGUUGCUUCUAAGGCUCCGUAAAGUUAGGUCGUCAAAAUGAAAUCUCGUACAAAUUUUAUUGUUGUGGUGUCUCUAGCGGUGUGUGCAUUACAUUUUAUCUCUGAGGUGAAUUCAGAGGCUCGUAUAAAAUCGGAAGUAAUAAUGGAAAAUGCAAUACCAUAUACAGUAUCUGUGCAAAGUCAAGCGGGUUUUAAAGAAUUCACACCCUGUAAAGAUGGUUGGUAUAUGUCAUUUAAGUGGUUAUUUGGAGACAAAGUUUACAAUACGCGUGAUUCGGAUAUUAACUACUCAGACGCAAAUGGCCAUGUACAUGCAUGUGGAGGAGGUAUUCUUACAGACCGCUAUAUUAUCACAGCAGCACAUUGCGUCGACGAAACAGAACCUCGAAAUGUUUCCGUCAUAGUUGGUGCAAUUGACUUAAAAAAAGUUCGGAGCAAUCAAAGAUAUUGCGUCGAAAAUAUAAUAAUUCACGAAAAAUAUCGCAUCGGCGAAGAUACAGAUUAUGACAUUGCAUUAAUCAAAUUGACAAGGCCAUUGAAUCUUGAUCAGGAAAACCAAAUAUUCAAAGCAAAGCCACUCUGGCUUAGUAGAGACAAUGUUAUUCCGGGUGAUACUGGAAUCCUUGGUGGAUAUGGUAAUAUUCAUCAACGUUAUACGGAAAAUGUAAAUGACACAUUUGAGGUAAAUUUUUGGAGAGAGGAUGGUAAACUUAGAGCUAUCAACACAAUAGUAGUGCAUGCUUCAGCAUGCCGUUUGCCUCCAGCACACAUUUACAAUGAAAAUAAUUUGUUUUUUAUCUGCGCGGAAGGAAUUGAUGGUAUUGGUUUUGAAGGUGACUCCGGUUCUCCUAUGAUCCAAAACCUUGAUAAUGGUAAAUUGUAUGGCAUAUACGCACGAUAUUUCUUUCUAUAUAACGUCACAAAUGGAAGAAGGCACUCAAUCAAAGAAACGGGCAUGCUUGUAACUAGAUUAUCUACGCAUUAUGAUUGGAUCGUCAAGAAUAUACCUUAAAAUGUUUUUACUGUUUUAUCUCAAUAUUUUGACCAAAUGAAAAUGUAUAUCAUUAAUUGAAAUUCAAAGCGUGCUUUUAAAAUAAAAAUGUUACUAAAUUGUUCAAUGUUCACGAAAUUCACGAAAA